AUGUCCUCGUUCAAUACAACACCCCUCAAGACCCUUUCUCCAAUACCCUCGUCAGCAAGCUCCAAAUGUCAUCAUCAUCGGCAGCUCUCAAAAAGCGCUCAAACUCUUUCGUCACCUCAAGCUAUACAUCUAAGCCAUAGUUUUAACGUCAUUUACAACGAGCAACAACAAAUAACACCAUCCUUUCAGAAUAUCCAUUCCGAGCCAAUCAUACGACAACAACCUUCCUUUAUCAGAAGUCCAAUGAUCAUACACAAUCUCACCCAUCCACCAAGGCGCAAUUCCUCUUAUAAUAAUAGUAAUAACAAUCAUUAUUUAUUUAAUAUCCCUCAACCUCGCCAUGAAUCACCAUCUCAUCUCAAUAAUCAUGAAAGUCCAAAUACCCAAUUCUUAAUGAGUGGUAGAGGAGGAGGAGGUUUUCUUCAUGGCGAAGAAGAUGAAUUGCCACAACAUUUCUCAUGGACUCAUUCUCCCCAAAGAGGCUCAAAAGAAAAUAUUUCAAGUCUUUCGUCCGCCAUUACAACGCAAACCCAACCGCAGAGAGUCUUUACAGUAAACCGAAUCUUCUCAGAAUUACCUCUUCCUCAGUAUCAGGAAUCAUCCAGUACCACAACAGCCUUAUCAUCAUCACUACCUCUACCCCCACCACCUUAUUCAGAGUAUCCAUUGUUUCAACCGACAACAACUAGUGCAGCGGAAAUGCCCUUGAACCAUCAUCACCAGGUGUUGAAAACGAAAGCCUUAGAUCGAGCAUCUUCCAGCUCAUCGUUGAUGAAUACUUCGCCUCGAGGAAAAGUCUAUACCCACUUGUGUCUUAUGAUGAAUGAUUUGGAGCAAUAUUAUCAAUCCUCCCCAACAACUCCUAAACGAAUUGCCUUUCAUGAAGAAUUUGUUCAAAACUCCCAAGACAACCAAAUUCCAAAAUUGGACAACCAGAUGAUUUUAGAUCCACCUCCUUACGAAGAAGCAAAUCGAACCUUUGCUCAUGUUUCCCCUCAUCAAUUGGAUUUGCAAACAAAAUCAAGAAACCUCUCCUCUCCGAAAACUCCAACUAACAAUCCACUGGUUAAGUCUUCUCCAUCACUCAUGAAUUAUCAACAUGCUUCAGAUUUCGAAAAGACGGAUCUUCCUCGGCAACCUAUCAUUGUUGAUCCAGUCCACUCCACAACAAUUCAACAACCUCAAGAACUUCAACAACACAAUGACUUCAAAGCCAUCGACAUUUCCAUUCCUUUGUGUAAGAGCGAGACUCGUGAAACAAAAGUUGUUGACAAAAUGGUAGGAGACAUGUCGUUGGAACAACAAAUUGAUUAUCACACCCAACGACUUAAGGAAUUAAAACAAGCAGCUAAGAAAACGAAAUUAACAGUGCGGAAUCGCUUCAUUCAUCUUUCCCAUUAUUUACUUGCUCUAUUUGAGAUUGUUUUCACCAUAUCCAUUAUCAAUUUUGCUGUUGCAUCUUUUUGGAGGGGAACUUGGGUUUUAAUUGAAACUUAUGUAGUAUUCAAUGAUUCUUCUCCCAUAAGCAGCACUCAAUUAUCAUGGUUUUAUCUAGCUUGCGGAUUAACAAUAUGUUUUUUUGUUCACAUUGGUGGACUAGUUGCCAAGCAAGCCAAUCUGUCGAAAAAGUUGAAAGACGCGUGGAAAAAAUGUGUUAGCAAAAAACCAGACUCAAAGAAAUCAAAUUCGUUUUUCUCCAAAUUUUUAAGUUUGAUUCUCUUAGGCUUGUUGUGGAUUUUCGAAAAAGUUUUUGUUUAUAUCGCAGGAAUUGGAUGUGUGUUUUCCUGGCUUGGAGUUUUCUAUAUUUGGGACAAGUAUGUGUCACCUUACAUGGACAUAUCGUCCAGAGCUCCCAGUGGUUGGAUAGCUCACGGAACAGGCGUUGGCAUUCUAUUACUGUUGACAAGCUUGAGAUCGAUUUUGACCGCCCCAGUACUGUCUCAAAUGGAUCGAAACAUGUCCUUUGUUGGAUUCCCUUUCAUCAAGGUGGGAUUUAAUUACAGCCAAUGUCUUUCCUGA